AUGAGCUACGCUUAUCCUCGCACGGGUGCCUCGUCCCUUCCUUCAUACAAGGACGCCGCGUCGUCGCUGUCGUCCAGCUUUGCCCACCGGGCGUGGGACCGAAUUCCGACCGGCGCAAGACAAUGGCUUACGGAUGGAAUGGCUGCAAUUCGGUCUGAGAGGCCACAGGGCCGUGGCGAAAUUCUGAGCUCGGUGACGAGGGUUAUAAAACGCCUUUUUACUGUUGCGAAUGCUGUCGUUUUGAUGUGGAUGUUUACGUUGUGGUGGGGAGAGCGGACGGUCUUCCAAGAGCACAUUGAUGCUUGUGUUUGGGAUAACUGGGAGCAUUGGCCUCAAGGUGCCACGCCUCAUCACGUCGCUUUUGUUGCCGACCCGCAGCUUGUUGAUCCACACACUUACCCCGGCCGCCCGUGGCCAUUGUCAACAUUGACCGUGAAGUACACCGAUCAGUACCUUCGUCGCUCCUUCGCAUCUAUUCAGAAGAACCUGGUGCCCGAUUCCGUUCUGUUCUUGGGGGAUUUGUUUGAUGGUGGCAGAGAAUGGGCUACGAGGACGACCUCCAGCCCGGAAGAUCGCUACAAAAAGAUCGACGACUCCUUCUGGAGGAAGGAAUACCGGCGUUUUGUAAAGAUUUUCUUAGAUCCAUGGGUUAAGCAAGAAUCUGCGCCUGUGAAUGGCCGAGGCCGCAAGAUGAUUGCCAGCCUGCCGGGCAACCAUGACUUAGGAUUCGGCAACGGAGUUCUUGAGCCGGUGCGUGAUAGAUUUCAGAGUUAUUUUGGCGACAGCAAUCGCGUCGACGUAAUCGGCAACCACACGUUUGUCUCUGUCGACACUGUCUCUCUGAGUGCGAUGGACCAGCCAGACCCAUUGACCGGCAGCUCAACGCCCAACCCGACUGACGAUACUCGGUACCGGCCGAUUUGGAAGGACGCGGACGACUUCCUGAACCACAUGCCUAUCAACAAAGCGAAGGCCGAGAUGGAAGAACUCAUGAUGCUCCAGAAUAAGUCGGAGACCACCAACAUCAAGUUCGAUCACCAUGUAGUGGAUGUCAUCGAAAGCUCUAUCCACCACAAACCGAACUCUAAGUCCACCGGUUUCCCUACUAUCCUCCUCACCCACGUACCGCUUUACCGCAAAGCGGCGACCCCUUGCGGUCCUCUACGAGAACGCCAUCCUCCGGCAGCUCCAGAUCUGGAAGAGGACGAGCCCAACUCACUCACGAUCGCUGCGGGAUAUCAGUACCAAAACGUGCUGACUCCAACCAUCUCUACCGAGCUCGUAUCAAAGGCCGGUCCCAAUGUCGUUCAAGUGUACUCCGGCGAUGACCACGACUACUGCGAGGUUACCCAUCGUGAGUUCAACGGCUCCCCGAAUGAAAUCACCGUCAAGAGUCUGUCCUGGGCCAUGGGCGUUCGGCGGCCGGGUUUCCUCCUCACAAGUCUGUGGAAUCCCAUUGACCCCGUUACGGGCGAGUCUGUUCAAAAUGCGUCGCCAUUGACCAUCCAAAACCACCUCUGUCUUCUCCCCGACCAGCUGGGCAUCUUCAUCCACUACGGCUGUGUUCUCCUCCUCACCCUCGCCAUUCUUUUUAUCAAUUCCAUUUACCACGUCAAAAAUGCCCCUGAGCCCAUCUUGAAUGGCUCAGUCCUCCCUCUUUCCGAGCGUCGCUCUUACACCCCACGACACCAGUACCAGACAUCCGGUACGUCCAGCUCUACCUUGCCCCCCGGCGGCCUGGCCAGCCGCGGUGGUCCCAAUGCUCUUCCCCGCUACCCCGCGGGGGUGCGCCCGGCGUCAAAAAUUCCCAAGAUGCUUAUCGGGGACUAG